AUGUCAACCAAUUCUAUUAAAUUAUUAGCUAGUGAUGUACAUCGUGGUCUUGCAGAAUUAGUUGCAAAGAGGUUAGCAUUACAUAUAACUCCCAGUGAAAUAAAAAGAGAAUCAACGGGAGAAGUACAAUUUUCAAUUGGAGAAUCAGUUAGAGAUGAAGAUAUUUUUAUAAUAUGUCAAAUUGGAUCAGGAGAAGUUAAUGAUAGAGUUAUUGAAUUAUUAAUAAUGAUUAAUGCUUGCAAAACUGCAAGUGCAAGAAGAAUUACCGUAAUACUACCAAAUUUUCCCUAUGCCAGACAAGAUAGAAAAGACAAAUCUCGUGCUCCAAUUACUGCAAAGUUAAUGGCUGAUAUGUUAACUAGUGCUGGUUGUAAUCAUGUUAUUACAAUGGAUUUACAUGCUUCACAAAUUCAAGGGUUUUUUGAUGUACCUGUUGAUAAUUUAUAUGCUGAACCAAGUGUUGUUAGAUAUAUUAAGGAAAAAAUAGAUUAUAAAGAUGCAAUAAUAAUAUCACCUGAUGCUGGUGGUGCCAAAAGAGCCGCAGGAUUAGCAGAUAGGUUAGAUUUAAAUUUUGCUUUAAUUCAUAAAGAAAGAGCAAGAGCUAAUGAAGUUUCUAAAAUGGUAUUAGUAGGUGAUGUAAGUGAUAAAAUCUGUGUUAUAGUUGAUGAUAUGGCAGAUACUUGUGGUACUUUAGCCAAAGCAGCUGAAGUUUUGUUGGAUAAUAAUGCAAAAGAAGUUAUUGCAAUUGUUACUCAUGGUAUAUUAUCAGGAAAUGCUAUCAAGAAUAUUAAUAAUUCAAAAUUGAAAAAAGUUGUUUGUACGAAUACUGUACCAUUUGAAGAUAAAUUAUCACUUUGUAAUAAACUAGAUACAAUUGAUGUUUCCGCUGUUAUCGCCGAAGCUAUUAGAAGAUUACAUAAUGGUGAAAGUAUAUCUUAUUUAUUUAAAAAUGCACCAUUAUAG